CCGCACAGAUGGCCUUGCUCCACCGCUACAUACUGGUAGCAGUAUUAAGUGUAGUCUUAACACAAGGUGAGGCUGGAAGAUGUGGCAGUAAUCACUGGCAGUGUGAUGAUGGUGCCUGUAUUGUCCACUCAUGGAGAUGUGAUGGAGAAGGUGACUGCCUGGAUGGAUCUGAUGAGAUGGCCUGCUCCUGCCCCCCAGAGGAUUUUGAGUGUUUUGAUGGCACAUCGUGUGUGAUGGGGUCUGCGGUGUGUGAUGGCCAAGCUCAGUGUGCGGAUGGGUCUGAUGAACUAAACUGCAGCCAAUACAAGGGCUGCAUCUCUGGUGAUUGGACAUGCAAGAACAACAUUUGUAUCCCAUUGAGUCUCAGAUGCGAUGGAUUCAACGACUGUGGAGAUAACUCCGAUGAAGAAGGCUGUGGACCUUGUGGAGAUUUGAAUGUGCGCUGUCCAAAUGGAACAUGUCUGACUCUAAGAGAGAGGUGUGAUGGUGUUGCUCAGUGUUCUGAUGGAAGAGAUGAACCGGUUACCUGUGGUAAAAGGUGUAGAGAUAAAAAUGGUGGCUGUAGCCACAUUUGCACUGACCAGCUUUGGGGAGCAGUGUGCUCUUGUCCCAGUGGGAUGAAGCUCUCAGCAAAUGGAGCAAAGUGUGAAGAUCUUGAUGAAUGUGCCAAGCCUUAUGGACCCUGCAUGCACAUGUGUGUUAAUAAAAAAGGAUCUUUUCAGUGCUUCUGUCAACCAGGGUUCCAACUACAAGGUGAUAACGUGUGUCAAGCACAAGGAAAUGAUACAAAACUUCUUACCACCAAGAAGGGACUUCUUGGCCUGAUCACUGUAAAGGAUAGAACAUUCAAGACUCUCUGUGUGAUUAACAGUAACCCAGUGGCUCUGACUUUUGACCUUGCACGGAACCUUGUUUUUUGGGCUGAUGGGAAUGGAAGCAUCUAUCAAACACAAGAUCAGAAGAGCAAAGUCAUUUAUUCAGGACAGACUGGCAUUAAGUCUCUAGCUGUUGACUGGCUCAGUGGACAACUUUACUGGGCAAACUCUGUACUUAAAGGCAUUUAUACAGGAGCCUCUGAUGGAAGUGCUGUUGGCAUAGUUAUGUCCAAAGAGACCGAUCCAACAGAGUUGGUGGUUCUUCCUACUGAAAGCACCAUGUUUUGGAUUAAUAAGGGACCAAACAUCAUAAUGACUAUUGAGAGAGCUGGGAUGGAUGGCUUCUUGAGGACCUCGCUAGUUGUUGUCACUGCACAGUUACCAAGGGGCCUUGCGUUAGAUGUGGCAGCCCGAAGGUUGUAUUGGCUAAGUGAUUUUAGAAAGUCAGUUGAGACUGUAAAGAUUGAUGGUACAGGACGGUACACCUUUCGAGGACUCUUUAAUGGACGGACUGGUCAGAAUCUGGCUGUGUUUAAUGGCUGGUUCUACUGGGCUGAUGACAGGCGUUUGUGGCAAGCUCCAGAAAACCAGCCUAGUCAGAAGAGUUUUGUUCUGAAGGGGGAGCCAUCAUCCUUAAUGGUCUAUCAUGAACUCCAGCAGCCUCGAGGUCUUUCCCCAUGUAGAAAGUCAGGCUGUGUACUCUGCAUGCCCUCCCUAAACAACCCUGCUGGUUUCACCUGCUCUUGCUCAGAGGGAAAACUUCCUGUGCAAAGUGGUUCAUGUGAACGUUUUAGACUUGCUUAUGCAACACCAACAAGUGUAUACACACUGGAGUAUACAACAGACGGUCCUAUAAAAUCUAUACUCUUAUCUGAUGAGAACAUUCAGACCUUUGAUGUGGACUGGAAGAGAGGAUGGGUUAUUUGGGCCAACUUGACGGGCCACGUGAAGGCCCGAUUGCUCAGAGAAGGCCGCUCUGAAUAUAUACCAACUAUGAAGCCUGUGUGCACUGUGCGGGUUGACCAGACGACUGGAAACUUGUUUUGGGUGUCCUGUGAUGAACUUUCUGUGGGUGCCACCCAUAUUAUCUUCCCUGAUCAGAGCGUUUCAAACCUGUUGUACCAGGCAAGUGGUGAGAUCAAUGACUUGCUUGUGGAUUGGCAACAAGGUCAGUUGUAUUGGUUGGAAGACGGUCAGAUCAUUAACAUGAAGCUAGGCCUGUUGGGUGGAAAUGCAAAAGCCAUCUAUAGCUCAGUGGACAAAAGUGUCAGCUGCAUUGUAUUGGACAGGAAAGCUCGUAGCUUUCUUUGGAGCUCAAAGAAUGAACUGCAAGUACUGAGUCUAACAAAAAUGAGAAAAUACUCUGCUGGUAAAGGAUGGACUUUUCCAGGCUUGAUUGCAGCUGCCUAUGAGCCCUAUAUUGUGACUAUGCUCAGUGACGCCAUCACGGUGUGGAAGCGGCAAGAUGGAACACAUGUGAAGGCUGUUGCUGUGGAGAGUGGCAUUGUUGAAAUAACCAUAGCUCUGAAUGAAUUUCAACAAGAUGCACUAGUGUCUGCUCCAGAAGUGAAAUCUCCUGUCAAUAUGACUCCUAGAGUUGAAGCUAGUCCUGAACAAGCCUGUAAAAGUCCCUCUGUAAUGUGUCCUGACACGUCACUAUGCAUCAGUGAGUCUCAGCUGUGUGAUGGGAUGUUGGAUUGUCCUGAUGGGUUUGAUGAGCUUCACUGUUUGCAUGUCUGUUCAGAUCCAGCCCACUUCCUGUGUAAGAACAGGAGGAAGUGUAUUGAACGAGCCCUGGUGUGUGAUGGUCGCUCUGACUGUUCUGAUGGUUCAGAUGAGUCACAAUGUCCUACAUGUCCUCUGCACUGUGAUGAGGGGACAGUGUGCCUGACCAGCCAGCAGUUCUGUGAUGGACAAACGGACUGUAAAGAUGGCUUGGAUGAGCGGAACUGCUAUAAAGCUGGCAAAAAGACUACAGAAGCAUCAGCUCUGAAAUGUCCUCUUGGCUUCAAGCCCUGCAGAGAUGGAAGUGAGUGUGUUCUUUACAGUCACUUCUGUGAUGGAGAAAAGGACUGUAAGGAUGGGUCUGAUGAGAGGGGCUGUGAACGGCAAUGUAAAAAAGGCCAGUUUCAAUGUGCUCAUGGGAGGAUGUGCAUAGACAAGAAGCAGGUGUGUGAUGGGACUCCUCACUGUCAGGAUCGCUCUGAUGAACUGGACUGCUUUACACGAACCAAGAGCUGCAGCCAUCGCUGUGACAAUAAGACUCGCUGCAUCCCUGAUAACUUCCUGUGUGAUGGGGAGAGAGACUGUGUAGAUGGAACAGAUGAAGCAGAUUGCAACAAGAAUAACCAAAAUACAGGAGCUCUGAAAUGUGCUGUUGGCUCCAAAUCAUGCAGAGAUGGAAGUAAGUGUAUCCUCUACAGUCACGUGUGUGAUGGAGAGAAGGACUGCAAGGACGGGUCAGAUGAGGAGGACUGUAGACGCAGUCCUUCUGUUACUGUGGCUCCUAGAGCUGAAACAACUCCAGAACCAACGUGUAAAAGCCCUUCAGUAAUGUGUGAAGGCACGUCACUAUGCAUCAGUCAGUCUCAGCUGUGUGAUGGGGUGUUGGAUUGUCCUGAUGGGUUUGAUGAGCUUCACUGUUUACAUGUCUGCUCAGAUCCAGCCCACUUCCUGUGUAAGAACAGGAGGAAGUGUAUUGAACGAGCCCUGGUGUGUGAUGGUUGCUCUGACUGUUCUGAUGGUUCAGAUGAGUCACAAUGUUCUACAUGUCCUCUGCACUGUGAUGAGGGGACAGUGUGCCUGACCAGCCAGCAGUUCUGUGAUGGACAAAUGGACUGUAAAGAUGGCUUGGAUGAGAGGAACUGCUACAAUAGUAACAAAGAUACAGGAGCUCUAAAAUGUGCUGUGGGCUUCAAACCAUGCAAAGAUGGAAGUGAUUGUAUCCUCUACAAUCAUGUGUGUGAUGGAGAGAAGGACUGCAAGGACGGGUCAGAUGAGGAGGACUGUAGACGCAGUCCUUCUGUUACUGUGGUUCCUAGAGCUGAAACAACUCCAGAACCAACGUGUAAAAGCCCUUCAGUAAUGUGUGAAGGCACGUCACUAUGCAUCAGUCAGUCUCAGCUGUGUGAUGGGGUGUUGGAUUGUCCUGAUGGGUUUGAUGAGCUUCACUGUUUACAUGUCUGCUCAGAUCCAGCCCACUUCCUGUGUAAGAACAGGAGGAAGUGUAUUGAACGAGCCCUGGUGUGUGAUGGUCGCUCUGACUGUUCUGAUGGUUCAGAUGAGUCACAAUGUUCUACAUGUCCUCUGCACUGUGAUGAGGGGACAGUGUGCCUGACCAGCCAGCAGUUCUGUGAUGGACAAAUGGACUGUAAAGAUGGCUUGGAUGAGAGGAACUGCUACAAUAGUAACAAAGAUACAGGAGCUCUAAAAUGUGCUGUGGGCUUCAAACCAUGCAAAGAUGGAAGUGAUUGUAUCCUCUACAAUCAUGUGUGUGAUGGAGAGAAGGACUGCAAGGACGGGUCAGAUGAGGAGGACUGUAGACGCAGUCCUUCUGUUACUGUGGCUCCUAGAGCUGAAACAACUCCAGAACCAACGUGUAAAAGCCCUUCAGUAAUGUGUGAAGGCACGUCACUAUGCAUCAGUCAGUCUCAGCUGUGUGACGGGUUGUUGGAUUGUCCUGAUGGGUUUGAUGAGCUUCACUGUUUACAUGUCUGCUCAGAUCCAGGCCACUUCCUGUGUAAGAACAGGAGGAAGUGUAUUGAACGAGCCCUGGUGUGUGAUGGUCGCUCUGACUGCUCUGAUGGUUCAGAUGAGUCACAAUGUCCUACAUGUCCUCUGCACUGUGAUGAGGGGACAGUGUGCCUGACCAGCCAGCAGUUCUGUGAUGGACAAAUGGACUGUAAAGAUGGCUUGGAUGAGCAGAACUGCUAUAAGGCUGGCAAAAAGGCAGAACCUGCAACCCUAAAAUGUCCUCUGGGCUUCAAACCAUGCAGGGAUGGAAGUGAAUGUAUCCUCUACAGUCAUUUGUGUGAUGGAGAAAAGGAUUGCAGGGACGGAUCAGAUGAGAAGGGCUGUGAACGGCAAUGUAAAAAAGGGCAAUUUCAAUGUGCCCAUGGGAGGAUGUGCAUAGACAAGAAGCAGGUGUGUGAUGGGACUCCUCACUGUCAGGAUCGCUCUGAUGAACUGGACUGCUUUACACGAACCAAGAGCUGCAGCCAUCGCUGUGACAAUAAGACUCGCUGCAUCCCUGAUAACUUCCUGUGUGAUGGGGAGAGAGACUGUGUAGAUGGAACAGAUGAAGCAGAUUGCUCUGCUAAUCAUGGAGCUAUGAUGAACAGAAAGGCCUCUUCUGAAGUAGGGUCAAUAGAUUUAUCAGCUCACCCUCCAGAGUGUAGAAGCCCCUCAGUGUUGUGUGAAAGCACAGCCUCAUGCAUGUCUCCAAUUCAACUCUGUGAUGGAAAGUUGGAUUGUCCUGAUGGUUCUGAUGAGCUCUCUUGUAUAGAUUCGUGUCUGAAGAUAGGUGACUACCUCUGUAAGAACAGGAGGAAGUGUAUUGAGCAAUAUCUGGUGUGUGAUGGACGCUCAGACUGCUCUGAUGGGUCUGACGAGAUGGAAUGUUCUGCUGCUGCAAUGCCAAAAGAAGCAGCUGCCUUAAAGUGUCGUUUAGGCUCAAAGCUCUGUAAAGAUGCUAGUGACUGUGUGUUGAACACCCAUGUGUGCGACGGAGAGAUCGACUGCAAGGAUGGCUCUGAUGAAGAGGGAUGUGACCUUCAGUGUAAUCCAGGUCAGUUUCAGUGUAGUCAUGGCAGAAAGUGCAUUGACCGAAAGCAGGUGUGUGAUGGGAUUCCUCAGUGUCCAGAUAACUCUGAUGAAUCAACAUGCUGGAAGCCCACAAGAAGCUGUGCGCUGCGCUGUGAUCAAAACAGUCUCUGUAUUCCAGAGGUUUUUAUCUGCAAUGGGAUCAGGGACUGCUGGGAUGGAUCAGAUGAGACUGACUGUGGCAACCCUGGACCACCUUCUCGUUGCAAAACUCCAUUUAUACCAUGUCUGGCAACCCCAAAGUGCAUCUCCCAGACUCAGCUCUGUGAUGGCAGAAAGGACUGUGCUGAUGGGUCUGAUGAAAGACCAUGCCUUCAGAACUGUCCCUAUAAUGGCAAUGACUUUUUGUGUAAAGAUAGGAGAAGAUGCAUUGACCGGAAACUGGUCUGUGAUGGACGUGUGCACUGCACUGAUGCUUCUGAUGAGGUGGACUGUCCAACUGUGGCUGCUUAUACCUCUGGAGCGGCUCCCAUGAAGUGCCGUUUGGGUUUAAAGCCCUGUAUGGAUGGCAGUGACUGCAUCCUGUACAGUCAUGUGUGUGAUGGAGAGGCGGAUUGCAAAGAUGGGUCUGAUGAGGAGGGAUGUGAUGUUAAUUGCAAAGCUGGGCAGUUUCAGUGUGCUCAUGGAAGGAAGUGCAUUGAUGCUAUCCUUGUGUGUGAUGGUAAGCCACAUUGCCAGGAUCGUUCUGAUGAACUGGACUGCUUUAAACGCACGAAGAGCUGCAGCCAUCGCUGUGACAAUAAGACUCGCUGCAUCCCGGAAAACUUCCUGUGUGAUGGAGAGAGAGACUGUGUAGAUGGCACUGAUGAAGCGGACUGUGGCUAUCCUCCACAGCUGAGAAGCUGUGAUGCACCUUCUGUGUUGUGUCGAGGGGGAAAACUGUGCAUCUCUCAAACUAAACUGUGUGAUGGAAAGCGUGACUGUCCAGACGGCUUUGAUGAAGAAUCUUGCAUCAAAAGAUGUCCAAAAAGAGGUGACUUUCUGUGUAAGGACAAGAGGAAGUGUGUUGGGAGUGGUUUGGUUUGUGAUGGUCGUUCUGACUGCACUGAUGGCUCUGAUGAGGAGGGAUGUUCCACUGUGUCUGUAAAGCCUGAUAUCGCUGGUCCAGUAAAGUGCCGUUUGGGCUGGAAACCUUGUAAGGACAGAAAGGAAUGUGUGCUCUACAGUCACGUAUGUGAUGGAGAGGUUGACUGUAAAGAUGGCUCUGAUGAAGAAGACUGCCAAUAUCAGUGUAGAUCAGGCCAGUUUCAAUGUGCUCAUGGGAGGAUGUGCAUAGACAAGAAGCAGGUGUGUGAUGGGACUCCUCACUGUCAGGAUCGCUCUGAUGAACUGGACUGCUUUACACGAACCAAGAGCUGCAGCCAUCGCUGUGACAAUACGACUCGCUGCAUCCCUGAUAACUUCCUGUGUGAUGGGGAGAGAGACUGUGUAGAUGGCACUGAUGAGGCAGACUGUAGUAAAAGUGAUAAGAAAUCUUCAGGAACUUCAUCUCUGAAAUGUGCUGUAGGCUUCAAACCAUGUAGUGAUGGAAGUGAGUGUAUACUCUACACUCAUGUGUGUGAUGGUGAAAAGGACUGCAAGGACGGGUCAGAUGAGGACGACUGUAGACGCAAAUUUGUUCCUGGAGCUCCUGCUGAAGAAACUUCUGCACCAGUCUGUAAAAGCCCCUCAGUAUUGUGUGAAGGCACUUCGCUAUGCAUCAGUCAGUCUCAGCUGUGUGAUGGGAUGUUGGAUUGUCCUGACGGGUUUGAUGAGCUUCACUGUUUGCACGUCUGUUCGGAUCCAGCCCACUUCCUGUGUAAGAACAGGAGGAAGUGUAUUGAACGAUCCCUGGUGUGUGAUGGUCGCUCUGACUGUUCUGAUGGUUCAGAUGAGUCACAAUGUCCUACAUGUCCUCUGCACUGUGAUGAGGGGACAGUGUGCCUGACCAGCCAGCAGUUCUGUGAUGGACAAAUGGACUGUAAAGAUGGCUUUGAUGAGAAGAAAUGCUACAAGGGUGACAAAAAUGCAGCAGGAACUUCAUCCCUGAAAUGCCCGCUAGGCUUCAAACCAUGCAGGGACGGAAGUGAAUGUAUCCUUUACAGUCACGUGUGUGAUGGGGAGAGAGACUGUAAAGACGGGUCUGAUGAGAAGGACUGUGAACGGCAGUGUAAAAAAAGCCAAUUCCAAUGUGCUCAUGGGAAGAUGUGUAUAGACAAGAAGCAGGUGUGUGAUGGGACUCCUCAGUGUCAGGAUCGCUCUGAUGAAAUGAAUUGUUUUAAACUGUCUGAAUCCUGUAGCCAUCACUGUGAUAACAGAAGCCGCUGCAUCCCUGAAACUUUCCUUUGUGAUGGCGAGAGAGACUGUUUAGAUGGCACAGAUGAGACCAGCUGUGGAAAGGAAGAAUGUUUACGUGGACAAUUUCAAUGUACCAGUGGACAGUGUGUAUCUGCAAGUGUCCGUUGUGAUGGUCAUGCAGAUUGUCAUGAUCAGUCUGAUGAGAAGAGCUGUCGUAAACCUCCACACUGCCCCCUAGAGCUUCGCUGCCCCAAUAGCCAUGUUUGCUUGGUGAAAGAGUGGUUCUGUGAUGGAGAUAAAGACUGUAAUGAUGGAUCUGAUGAACAGAGCUGCAUGUCCUCUCCCAUGAAAUGUGGAAUGUUCCAGUGGUCUUGUGCAUCUAAGGAUCAGUGCAUUCCCACAUUAUGGAGAUGUGAUGGAGUUAAGGACUGUAAAGACCAGAGUGAUGAAGCUGGAUGUGGCCCGGUGAAAUGCCCCUUGAACAUGUUCAAGUGUGGCAGUGAGGAGUGUUUGGACUUCAAGCUGGUGUGUGAUGGCAUUGCUAACUGUCUGGAUAAGUCUGAUGAAGGCCCAGGGUGUCUCAGCAACAAUUGCUCCAGCCCACACCCACGUCAAUGCGAGCACAUCUGUGUCAACACUCCCCAAGGAGCGAGGUGUGGGUGUCGAACGGGCUUCAGGAUCCAGGCAGAUGGAAUAUACUGCGUUGACAUAGAUGAAUGUACAGAAAUUCAGCCUCCUGUCUGCAGCCACAGAUGCAUGAACAUCCAUGGAUCCUACAUAUGCCAGUGUCCUCCAGGUUUUAUACUGGAGCCAGAUGGCAACAGUUGUAAGGCACCAGCGGAGCCGAGUCUGUUGGCAUCAGUUCAAUAUGAGGUGCUGUUUAUGGGCCUGAGGAGCAGCAACAUGCAGAUGCUACUUCCCCCAGGCCAGAAACCAAUCUUUUCUCUGGAUUAUGACUUGAGGGAACAGCGGGUGUUCUGGGUCUGUCUGCAGGAGGAAAGCAUCAAAUAUGCAGUGCAUGGAGAAAAGGCCCAUAUCAGGACACUUGUUAAAGAUGUGAAAACCGACUCGAUUGCAGUAGACUGGGUUGCAGGAAAUCUGUACUGGGUGGAUGGAGUUGCUGGCCAGAUUUUAGCUGUAAGGAUUACUGACCGUGUAGUGAAGCGACAAGAAGUAACUGUGAUUCUAGAUGAAGACCUGGAACAGCCUCGUUCUUUGGUGCUUCUGCCUCAGAAAGGGAUAAUGCUGUGGUCAGAGAUCGGGAAGGAGUCUCGGAUUGAGCAAGCUGGCAUGGACGGUUCGGAGAGGAAGGUGCUGCUCAGCCAUGGUUUAAAUUGGCCUGUAGCCAUAGCUGUGGAUAUUGUGACAGACAGAAUCUACUGGGCAGAUGAGAAGCUAAAGUGCAUAGGUUCAGCCACAAUGAAUGGCGAGGAUAUGAGGAUGCUGCAGUUGACUGAGACUUCAAGCCCUUUCUCUGUGGCAGUGUUUAAUGACAUGGUGUACUGGUCUGACACUGAGCGACUGGCCAUCCAUGGAGCUCAUAAAAUCACUGGCAAGAACUGCAAAGUUAUUCUCAAAAGACCUGGCCAACCAUUUGGGCUCAAAGUUGUCCACCCCCUUGUGCAGUAUAAUGUGCUUAACCCUUGUGAGAGACUCGGAUGUUCUCACAUGUGUGUGCUAGCCCCAGGCAUCCAUGCAGUAUGUCGUUGCCCAGCAGGACUGCUGUUGGCUGAGGAUGGAUUGACCUGUAGCUCACCUGAAGGCUCCUCCAAUUCCUUCCUUCUGCUUCUUUCUCCUACUAGACUCACAAAGGUUUUCACUGGAAACCUGCAUGGGCAGGUUGGACUAAAGCAGUGGCCUGCCCACAAUGCCCAGUCCCUCCCUGGCAUAAAUGAAGCCUCAGAUCUGGACUUGGUUCUUAGUGACAACAUGCUCUAUGUGGCAGAUAUAAGCCAGGCAUCUGUGGCUCAGAUUAAACUGGGUGAGUCCACAUGGACACAUGAGGGCCAUAUGUUGCAUUUACCAGGGGAUAUGUUGAUUGCCCUGGCUGUGGAUUGGAUCACACACAACUUGUAUUGGAGCAGCAGCAAGAAGCCUCAGAUCUAUGUCACAUCAGCAGAUGGGAAGUUCACUUCUAUGGUUCUGCAGGCUGGGUUUCAGGACGCCACAUCUAUUGCACUACACCCACCCACUGGCAGGAUGUGCUUCACAGCCAUUGGGUCAUUAGGGAAAGAUGCUGUGCCCCAGGUGGACUGUGCUGCUAUGGAUGGCCGGAAUCAAAUGUUGCUUUGGAAGAAAACACAGAUUCCCAAUUUUCUGACUUUUUCAAGCCAGGGUACACGACUUUAUUGGGCCGAUAUUGCCACUGAAGUGAUUUGCUCUGUGAACAUUGAUGGAUCGAAUUACAGGGAAUUUAAAUCUGGAAAUGGCUCUCCUUUAAUUGUGUCUUUAACCCAAAGUGAAAAUGUACUCUUCUGGAUCACCCGAUACAAUGGCACAACCAAUGUGUGGUACAGUGAUGGCAUACAGCCCAAGCAGUUGUGGUUUGAAGUGCAAACAAACAUAAUAGCAGUGAAGGCAUACAGUGCAAACAGCCAGAAAGGAACCAACCCAUGUGCAGAGAAUAAUGGUGGUUGUAGCCACUUUUGCCUGGCCUACCCAGGGGGACAUGCAUGUCGCUGUACACAAGGCUACAUCGCCGUAAAUGAUGUCGAGUGUAUUCCUGGAUUACAGUGUCCAUCAGGCUCGAAGCCUUGCAGAGACAAAUACAAGUGCCUCUCCACCACCAGAUUUUGUGACCAAAUCCCAGAUUGCCAGGAUGGCUCUGAUGAAGAGGGCUGCCAUAUUAAGGAAAAUGAGUUGUUCGUUGGCACAAUGGCUGGCAGGUCCUGCAAUUCUGAGUUCUGUAAUGGCCAAGGGCGCUGUAUGAUGCAAAAAGGGAAAGCAGUCUGUGAGUGUGUGCAGGGUUACAGUGGGCAGUUCUGCCAGGAUGAGGCAUCCAGUAGUGUUCCUGUUGUCCUUACAGUUAUCUUUAUCGUCUGCCUAGUUAUUGCAGCUGUGGCAGUUUUAAAAUGGAGAAGAUGGAAAUCAAGAAGAGGCCAGCCUCUGGAUAAGGAAACACUCAUGAAGGACAUGGAGGAACAGGAACCGGAACCAUGCUCUGAAAACUUUUCAAAUGAACUCUACAACCCAAUGGAGGAGGAACAAGCAACACCUGUUGGUUGAUUUAUUUAAAAUAAAUGGUAGUUGGCUAAAAA